GCUGACUACACUUACAUAAACCCUGGCGUUACAGAGGUCACUUGGGAUGAUUUUGAUAUUAAUGGCACUUGUCCUCUUUGCAAGUUUGACUAUGUCUCAAAAUGUCAUUAUUUAAGUCAUUUUGUAGUCGAACACCGCAUUGACAAAAUGCCAGGAUGUUGUCUCAACAACUACAAAUACUGCUGUCCACACUGUAAAUUUAUCUCAGUAUCUGCUAAAUCAUUUCAGAAACAUCUAAAUGGACAUCUUGCAAGGAAAAAUUUUAAUCUAGCACAGGCCCCAACCUCCAUGCAACCUCAUGCCAUGAGACGGGGAUCUGCGAUGGACAACUUGCAAUUUAGUUUCAAUGGAGAAGCUUACAGUUGUGAUGCUUGUAGUUUGAAAACUGUAAACAGACAAUUUUUCAUUCAGCAUCUAGAUUGGCAUGACAAUAUUCUACUCAUGAAGUGUUCAAAAUGUGCAUUUACUGGUCGUACAUAUAAAGUGGUUGAAACACAUCAUUUAAACGAACAUAAAGGGCAAAAAGUCAGCAUAUUGAAAAUGGACAAAUUUGAAAUGUUGGAUAUUUUGGUGGAUCUUUGGAGAAUGACACGUAAGAAAACAACCACAAAUCUACAGAAGAACAUAUUAUCGGGAUCCAAGACCUCUGCUUCACCUGCAAAAACUAGUCAAAUAGAUCAAGAUGCAAAAACACCAGAUGCUUCGACUAUUAAUGUUCCUGAUGUCUGUGAAGUAGAGAAAGUAGAAAAUCAACCUUCAGCUGGAGAAGAGGAAGAGGCAAUUGAUCCUUCUCUUAUUUUUGAUGAGAAUAUUGCAGAUGAGCAUGACUUUGAUGUGAAAGAAACUGAUGAUAAAGAUGAGGACAUUGUUGAAAUUUCACAAGAAAACAAAGAGAUAGAUAUCGUUGAGGUUUCAGAUGAUGAAAUCAAAGAAAUUGAGAAAACAAAAAAUGUAUCCCAAGCUACAGUGUCUGACGCAAAUCCAAACAGAUAUGUUCGAUUUCAAUUCAUAAAUGGUUUAUUCCAUUGCUUGACUUGCAAACUACGAUACAAAACUGAGAAGAACUUUAGGCCACAUCUUUGGGGUCAUAUACAUGUUGUUAACAUGGUUUGUUCAAGUUGCAAUGUGCAUCGCGAAGAGGGACCAGUAAAUUUGAGACAGCAAUGUGGAUUAGUUGAGAAUGUGAUUGUAUCAUUGAAACAGAACUCUGCAGUAAAACGACUACAGCAGAUGGUGAGCCAAGUUGAUCCAGCAAGUAUCAAGAAGACUAAGAAAAAGCAGAACAUAAAACCACAACCUGAGGUUACUAACUCCACAACGUCCAAUGCAGAUGAUGCCUGUGCUCCAACUGUCAAUGCUAAGAUUUGGACACCACAUGUUGAAGAACAAACCCAGGCAAGUGAGUCCAAUGAUGAUAACACACAGAAUGAAGAACUGGUUACCCCAUCAUCAUCCUCAACUGUAGCUGCCAAGCAAAAGGGAACUGAAGAUUCUGAAUCAAAUUCCAUGUCACAGAAAGACUGCCAAAAGGGAGCUAUCAAUCAAGCAGAGGCUGUAACUGUUGAAGAGGCUACCCCAAUGUCGAUGACUGAACUUAUAUGGCAUACAAGCUAUAAGUGCCGAGACUGUGGGAAGUCAUAUCCACUUAAUGGCUCCAUUUUACUGAGCCAUCUGAGAAACUGUCACAGAGGUCCAUAUACAUGUUUAUAUUGUGAGAGGUCAUUUGAUAAUGCAAGAUAUCUUGUUACCCAUCUUGUUAACCAUUCCAAAG